CGCUUGCUGCCGGGGACCGUAGUCCGGCGGUGCCCCCGGUGCCGGUCGCAGUCCGCCAUGGCGGCGGCGCGGCGGCUGCUCCCGCUGCUGCUGCCGCUGGCCUGGGCCCGGCCCGCGGCAUGCACCGACCCGCCGGGCGGCGGCUGGCUGGCGGGCGCGGUGCCGGAGGAGCAGCAGUGCACCGUGGAGCGGGCAGACGCCUCCCUCACCUACUCCCUCUUCCUGCAGCGGUUCGCCUUCUCCCGGCCGGUCGUCCUCCGAGGGCUCACGGACAACUCGGCCUUCCGAGCACUCUGCACCCGGGAGAAGCUGCUGGCGGCCUUCGGGUCCUCCCCGGUGCGGCUCAGCACGGCCAACACCUACUCCUACCGCAAGGUGGACGUGCCCUUCACGGAGUAUGUGGAGCAGCUGCUGGAGCCGCAGGAUCCGGCCAGGCUGGGCAGCGACACCCUCUACUUCUUCGGGGACAACAACCUCACCGAGUGGGGCCCCCUCUUCCAGCAAUACGUGCCCCCCCCAUUCCGCAUCCCGGGUACCAGCCUUGCCUACAGCUUUGGGAUCGCAGGCUCAGGCUCUGGUGUUCCCUUCCACUGGCACGGCCCUGGUUUUUCAGAGGUGAUCUUCGGCAGGAAGCGCUGGUUUCUGUACCCACCGGAUAAAACACCCCACUUCCACCCCAAUGAGACAACACUGGCCUGGCUCCAGCACACAUACCCUACGCUGCCACCGGCUGAGCGGCCACUGGAGUGCACCCUCCGCCCUGGGGAGGUCCUGUACUUCCCUGACCGCUGGUGGCACGCCACGCUCAACCUGGACACCAGCGUCUUCAUCUCCACCUUCCUGGGAUAAGGCUGAGAGCACAGGGAUGCAUCCCCAUCCUCCUGCUCCUGCAGCCACCAGCUGUUGGGACCAAGCACCUCAAGUCCUGUUUUUUACUGGUCUUUUCCCUCCCCUUUGGAUUAAAGUUGUUGUUCUGCC